AUGGCAUCAGUUGCCCAGGGUACCUAUGGAAAUGCAGUUUUUAGAGGUGAUGGAGUUAGAUUAUAUGGCUUGGAUGCUGAAUUAGAAUUAAAAGCACAAGCAAAACGUGACCCACAAACUGAAAUUGAAUUAAUAAAAUGGAUUGAAAAAGUUAUAGGUGAGAAAUUAAAAUUUCCAGAUGACUUAAUUGAAUCAUUACGUAGUGGUAUUGUAUUAUGUAAAUUAUUGAAUUCAUUAAUACCGGGUACAAUUAAAAACAUUAAUACAGCUAGAGAUACAGCAUUACAUCAUAUGGAAAAUAUUGGUCUUUAUUUAAAAGCAUGUUGGAUCGUUGGUAUUCAAUCAUCAGAUUUAUUCGUUUCAUCAGAUUUAUAUUUACGUAAAAAUAUUAAUGCUGUAAUUCAAAAUCUAUUAGCAAUAGCACGUGCUACUCAUACACUUGAAAAUUAUAAAGGUCCAACAUUUGGCUAUAAACCAAAUACAAAUAUUCAACCAGCUAAAAAAUGGGAUCAAAUCGUUUACAAAGGUCCAACUUAUGUCACUGAUUUAGAAAAUACCACCACAAAUCAAAAUAACAAUAUCGAUUGUACUAAAUGUGGUAUUGAAAAAGUUUGUAUUAAAUGUAAUCCACCACCAACACCAACAAUACCAACAACAACAACAACAACAACAAAUGUUAAUUCAAUAUUAAAUGAAAAAGAAAGAGAAAGAGAAAAAGAAAAAGAAAAAGAACUUUUAUUAAAAAUUCAAAAUUUAUCUAAUGCACUAAAAGAAAAAGAGGAGGGAUUAAAAUUAUUGAAUGAAAAUUUAGAAAAACAAAGAAAAAAGAAUUUAGAAGAAGAAAAAGAAUUUAAAAAUUUAAUUGAAACUCAAAAAGUUCAAUUAGCAUCAAAAGAUAGUAUAAUUUCAUCAAUUAAUAAAACAAAUUCAAAUUUAAUAUUAUUAACUUCAAAUAAUAAUAAUAAUAAUAAUAAUAAUAAUAAUAAUAAUAAUAAUAAUAAUAGUGCACCACCUUCUGUAUCUGGUAUUAAUAUUCAAUCAACUUCAACAGUAUCUUCAAAUUCUACACAACCAACUUCAUCAUCAUCAUCAUUUAUUAAUAAAAGUAAUAGAAAUUCUGGUGUUUUUCAAACAAUAGCAUCAUAUAAUAAUAAAUCAGGAGCUUCUUCAACUUUAGCUAUUCCAAGUUCUUCUGCAUCCAAUACAUCACCAGGUACAAUUUUAAGUAAAUGUACAAGAUGUAAUAUUACAACAACUAAAACCAUUAAAUAUUGUAGUUCAUGUGGUGAAUUAUUAGUUAAAGAGAAUUCAUCAACUCCAAAUACAAGUACAUUUAAUAAACCACCUAUAACUUCAAGAUCUUCAAUAACUAUAACUUCACCACCUUCCAAUAAUAAUACUACUACCACUACUGUAACAACACCACCAUUACCAACAGCAACAGCAUCACCACCAUUAGUUUCAAUAUCAACUACAACAACAAUGAAUGAAAAUGAAAAAAUUAAAACAUUAAUUGCAACAAUGAAACAACAAGAAGAAGUUAUCGCAAAAUUAAAUCAACAAAUUAAAGUUGAUAAAGAAAUCUUUGAAAAAGAAAAGAAACAACAAAAACAAACUAUUGAUAAUCAACAAUUUUUAUUAAAUCAAAAAGAUCAAGAUUUAAAGAAAGCAAGAGAGUCAUCAACAUCAUCAUCAUCAUCAUCAUCAUCAACAUCUAUUAAAAAAGGUGAGUUUUUAUUAAGUGCAGAAUUAAAAUCAGCAAAUUCAAACACUAGUUCAGAAUCAUAUUCAUCGUUUUCAAGACCAAUUGGUAAUAAUUCAACAAAUACUACAACCAUUACAAAUAAAGAAUUGGAAUCAUUAAGAGAAAAAGUUAAAUCAUUAGAAAUUAAAUUGAAUGAAGAAAUUUGUAAAACCAAAGCAAAAGAUUCACAAAUAACAUUAUUAAAUGAAAAGAUUCAGUCAAUUAAUAGUAGACCAAAACGUGUUGUUGCUUCAAAUCAAGUCGUAAGUGCUAGUGGUGGUGGUAAUAAUAGAAAUAGUCAACAAGUUAUAGUUGGUAGAAAGAGAUUUAAUACAUUAAAACCAGAUGCAGUUGAUUUAACAACACUUGUCGAUGCAACAUUAGUUCAUUUAGCAACUAUACUUUACUCAAAACCAAUUGAAUUCUAUCAAGUAAAUUCAUUAAAAGAUUUAUUUAAUAGUGAAUUGGGACGUCGUAGAUUUUCACAAAUUUUAAAAAUGACAUUAAAAAAAGUACCAUCAUUACAAAUGAAUGAAAGUAGUUUCGAGUUUUUAUUAUUCUUAAUUAGUUGUGCAUUACAAGAGAUGAAUUUAUCUAAAGAUAAUGAUAUUGAAGCUGCAAAGAUUUUAUUCAAUUCUUCAGAUCUAUUAUAUAGAAUCAAUCCAAAGACUGGGCAAUCUGAAUUUUUGAAAGAUUAUAUUCGUUCUGCAAACAUUUUCAAAGAAUCUGCAUUUUGGUCUGAAUAUUAUUGGAGUGAACUUUCAAAACGUCAUCGUAAAAUUUAUGGUAAUAUUCCUGAUACAUUGGAUAAAGAGAUUGUCAAUAAUUUAUUAGCUUAUUUCGGUCAGAAUAUGAUUUACUUUUCUGUAUCCUCUGAUCAAGUUAAAAAUUUCAUCACAGAAAUAGCACAACAACAUAAUUUGCCAAAUAGCCAAAUCGAUUUAAUUAUCGCUUCAAUUAAAGAUUCACCAUUAUAUACAAGUACAAAAUCAACAAGUAAUACUAAUAAUAGUAAUACUAAUAAUAAUAAUAAUAAUAAUGGUAAUGUUGUAUCUUCUGCAAAAGUAGUUUCAAAAAAAGAUAGGGAAAAAGAUAAGGAUAAAAAAAAAAAAAUAAAUUAG